AUGACUUUAAAUGUUAUUUUUAACAUCACUAUUAAAUAUGUACUCGAAUUAAGACCAACCAUUGCAACUCUAUGUCUCACCUACCUAAAACAGUUGAGCAAACAGGACAUAUUUCUGAGUUACAAGGAUGGUACUUUAUCUUAAUGAAUCUUUAAUAGAAGGAAAAAUUUGGGGUUGUAUUUGAGUGUCUCUGUAUCCUUUUUGUAAUUGGUGUGUAGAUCAUCAAACGGGAACUACUCUGACAGAUAGACCACGUGAUUAAAUCUUUAUCUAAAAAGAAGAUGGCGAAGAAAGAUCUUGGUUCUCUGCUCUUAUUCAUCACACUUUGGGAUGCUGCUGAAGCUGCAUACUGCUAUUAUUACACAUACAAUGGGUACACUUCAUACUACUGUACCUACUCAAGUUACCUAUACUUACCUAUUGGUUCUAUCGCGGGAGCUGUGAUUGGUUCUCUGGUAUUCCUAGCGGUUCUGAUUGGACUCAUCGUCUUCUUCUGCUGCAUCCGACCGCGCCGUCUAGCGGCAAGAGGCCAAAUACUGCACACGCCCGGAUCAAAUGUCGCUGUCGUUGGAACAACAGCCGGAGGAGUACAGAUGGGUGGAGGCUACAUCAACACUGCCGCCUAUCCCCCGGGGACUCAGCCUGCGUACCCCCCGGGGACUCAGCCCGCCUACCCACCGGGGACUCAGCCCGCCUACCCCCAAUACAACUAUCCCCCAGAGGCCGCGGCACCGGACGGAAAGCAACCUCCUCCCCCUUAUACAUAGAAAUUCUUAUGUAAGAUAUUUUUGUAACAAUGCAUCUUUGAUAAUAUAAUGCGCUUUUUAUGAAAACGUCCAGUUUUCAAAAUGAAAAUGUAAACAUGAUUUUGUCAUAUUCACUUAUCUAUUAACCUUAAUUAUUUGUAUUUUAUAAUUUUCAUUCUGACAUUUGAAAUCUUUUUUAACCAUAACUUAAGUUAACGAAUGUUCCUUUCAUUGUAUUGUUUAGUUUUGGUGUGUGUGACAUCCAAAGAACAUUUGAUUCAUUUUGAAAUAACAGGGUAUAUAUCUGUUAAUAAUAAAAAAAAAUAUUGCAAUUGAGCUUUUUAGUUUCAAAUGUUUAUUAACUCGUGCAUAUAGAAAGGUUAAGUUUUAUUAAUUUAGUUUUACAGAUUAUUGAUAGUUAUAUAAUAUCCUGUUUUGCUACACGUAGAAGAAUCUGUGUGAUAUUGAUACAAAUUGUUUAAAUUAAAGAACAUGUUAUUUAAAAUUCCUGUAAUAUGCAGUAUGUUUAUUAAAUUUUUAAUGUGUUUAAACAUAUCAUGCUUCUUUCAUUUGUCAUAUUUGCUGAAACAAAUCAAAAAAAUAUUGACAAUGAGUCAUAGGUCAGUUAAUCCGUUAUUAUAUAACCCGCGACAUAUCAAACGAUAAAAAACCUGGAAACUAACGCAAUAAAACUUUUGCAAACUACAUGUAAAAGGUAAAUUUUAAUAUAAAUGCCAAUGUAUAUGUAGUGUGAAUUCACACGCCAUAUCUUCGUAUUUUAUAAUUUCUCA